UGAGCGCAGAACCAGAGGAAAUAGACCAGACCUUGAAUAUCUAGAAGAGCAGCGUGGCCUGAACAGCAACUGAGACGCAGCCGGUGCAACAUGGACGAGGACACUUCAGAGCAAGUUGGACCCUCAACCACAAAAGGUCAGGACCACAGACUGAGAGCAGAGUCUCCAGGGUCCAGCUGUCUGUCUCUGAAGAGUGACUGGUCCAUGAAUCAUCCUCCAAACUUCAGUAAUGAACCUGGACCCUCACCCACAGAGGAGAGGAAGAGGAGUCAUGUUUCUGAGGAGGAGCAGUCGUCCUGCUGUGCUUCGUGUCAGGACGUCCUGAAGGAUCCAGUCUCCACCAGCUGUGGACACUGGUUCUGCAGACAGUGCAUCACCUCAUACUGGGACCAGUCUGGUUCUUCAGGAGACUCCUCCUGUCCCCAGUGUGGACAAAGAUCCAGAACAGGAGCUGGAGCAGAUCGUGGUCUGCAGGAGGUUUCAGAUGAACAUAAGCUCAGUGUGAGGAGGAGAUGUGAACAUGUGACUGAAGGAAGUGAUGAAACAGGAAGUAGAACCCUCCUCAACAGGAUCUACACUGAGCUCUACAUCACAGAGGGACAGAGUGAAGAGGUUAAUACUCAACAUGAGGUGAGGCAGCUUGAGACGGCUUCCAAGAUGAAGAUCCUCCAGGACACUCCCAUCAAGGUCCAGGACAUCUUUAAAGCCUCCACUGACCAGCAGAGCAGCAUCAGAGUCGUCCUGACCAACGGCGUCGCUGGCGUUGGAAAAACCUUCUCGGUGCAGAAGUUCACUCUGGACUGGGCAGAGGGUUUAGAGAACCAGGAUGUGGGUCUGCUGGCUGUGCUUUCGUUCAGGGAGCUGAACCUGGUGAAGGACCAGCAGCACAGUCUUCUCACGCUGCUCCAUGUUUUCCAUCCAGCGUUACAGAAGCUCACUGCAGAGACGCUCGCUGUCUGUAAACCUUUGUUCAUCUUUGACGGCCUGGAUGAAAGCAGACCUUCUCUGGACUUCAACCACAGGGAGCUUGUGUCUGAGGUCACACAGAGGUCAUCAGUCAACGUGCUGCUGACAAACCUCAUCCGGGGGAAUCUGCUUCCCUCGGCUCUCGUCUGGAUAACCUCCAGACCUGCGGCGGCCAAUCAGAUCCCUCCUGCAUGUGUUGACAGGGUCACAGAAGUACGAGGCUUCACUGAGGCCCAGAAGGAGGAGUACUUCAGGAGGAGAUUCAGUGAUGAAGAGCUGUGCAGCAGAAUCAUCUCACACAUCAAGACGUCCAGGAGCCUCCACAUCAUGUGUCAAAUCCCAGUCUUCUGCUGGAUCAGUGCUACAGUUCUGGAGCACAUGUUGACCACAGACCAGAGAGGAGAGCUGCCCAAGACCCUGACUGACCUGUACUCACACUUCCUGCUGGUUCAGACAAAGAGGAAGAACAACAAGUACGGUGAGGGACAUGAGACGACUCCACAGCAGCUGACGGAGGCUGACAGGGACGUUCUCCUGAAGCUGGGGGGGCUGGCGUUUGAACAUCUGGAGGAAGGAAACAUCAUGUUCUACCAAGAAGACCUGGAGCGGUGUGGUCUUAAUGUCACAGAGGCCUCGGUGUACUCAGGAGUUUGUACUGAGAUCUUCAGAAGAGAGUGUGUGAUCUUCCAGAAAUCAGUCUACUGCUUUGUUCAUCUGAGCGUUCAGGAGUUUCUGGCUGCAGUCUACAUGUUCCACUGUUACACCGAGAGGAACACAGAAGAACUCAACAACUUGAGAACCAUGGAGAAAUCCCUCAUCAGUAAAAAUGGUCAUCUGGACCUGUUUGUUCGCUUCCUUCACGGCCUCAGUCUGGAGUCCAACCAGAGAGUCUUAGGAGGCCUGCUGGGUCGGACAGAGAACAAUCCAGAGAUCAUCCAGAGAGUCAUCAACAACCUGAAGAAGAUGGAGAGUGGUGACAUUUCUCCUGACAGAAGCAUCAACAUCUUCCACUGUCUGACUGAGAUGAACGACCACUCAGUUCAUCAGCAGAUGAAACAGUUCCUGACGUCAGAGAACAGAUCAGAGAAGAAACUCUCUGAGAUCAACUGCUCAGCUCUGGCCUACAUGCUGCAGAUGUCAGAGGAGGUUCUGGAUGAGUUGGACCUGGAGAAGUUCAACACAUCAGACCAGGGUCGACUGAGACUGAUCCCAGCUGUGAGGAACUGUAGGAAGGCUCUGUGAGUCCAGACAUGAUCA